ACGACACUCAGUGCACAAAGCGAGUCUUUCAUUGACAGACAAAACGCCAUAGAACCGGACGAGACAUGCAUCUACAUCUGAGCCUGCCUCUCCUUCUGCUGCUCUACGCCCCCAAAUUGGCGGACAGCCUGUCCGUGUACGAUGCCACAGGACGCUUUAAUCUCAGCGCCAGCUGCCCGGAUGCCUACUGCAGUCUGGGGGAUCAGUCAGUGGCCUACUCGGCCGAUCGGGCUGUGCGGCUGAAGGAGCUGCACCUGAGCAACUGCAGCCGGCUGUCGGUGCCGUGGGUGGUGCUGAAUCUCACGCCGAAUCUCAGCAGCCUUGUCAUCCGCAACUGCAGCACCUACUACAUCAGCAAAGAGAGCCUGAGUCCGGUGGCCAAUCUGAGUGCCCUGCAGAUGCAGCGCACCAAUCUGUGGGUGCUGCGGGACGAGCAGUUUGGCACGGUGCCCCGCCUGGAGAUGCUGGAGCUGGGCCACAACACCAUUCACACGGUGCACGUGAGAGCCUUCAAGGGACUCUCUCGCCUGCGGCUGCUCGGACUGCAGUCCAACGGCAUCGGACAGAUACUGGAAAACACCUUCGACCCGCUGGUGGAGCUGCUGCACUUGGACCUCAGUGGCAAUGAGAUCGAGACCCUGCCGGGCAACAUCUUUGGCCAGAACUCGAAGCUGCAAACUCUGAUGCUGAACGGGAAUCGCUUGACUGUGCUCACACCCCCGACUCUGGGGCACCUUGCGGAUCUGCGACUGCUCGAUCUGGGUCACUGUGGACAGCUGCAGGAGCUGCAUCUGCACAGUGCCCAAACGUUGUUCGUGGAGGGGAGCGGAGUGACCAGCCUCGUCAUUGAAGGCAGCGUUAUCAGGCUCUCGGCGGACAACAACGAGCUGACACAUCUCAGCAUUGCCGAUAAGAGUUCCGUCCUUUAUCUGCACUUGCAUGGCAACCUACUGGACGGCAACGAUACCGACACUCUGCUGCGGGGCAUGUGGAAUCUGGAUAGCCUGGAUCUGUCCAAGAAUCUCAUCGAAGCCCUGCCCCAGCCCGGCAACGAGGCAGACGCCAAAGAGCUCUUUCUCCUGCCCAGUCUGCGGUACCUGAAUCUGGCCUACAAUCGGGUGGGCCGUCUGCCCGUGGACUCGCCGCUGCUCUCCCCUCGGCUGAACCACCUCGACCUGUCCCACAAUCACAUGCUGGACGUGCAGGUCGAGAGCCUUGCGGGACUGCAGAAUCUGGAGAGCUUGUACCUCGAGGGGAAUCGGCUGAACGAUUUGGACUACGAACUGCUGCACAGCCAGCACGAAGGCCUCAAGGAGCUGGACCUCAACGACAACGAGUGGGGUGCGAUCUUCUUCCGCAAAAUGGCCACCUACCUGACGGAUCGGGUAUUUCUGCCGCCGAGAGGACAGCCCAACACUCCCUUCAACAACACCCAGCUGGACAUGGACUGGCCAACGGUCAAGGGCCAAGUCCUCGCCCAAAAACGAGACCAGGCUGGGGUGGCUGGCAUUCAUCCGUAUUGGACGCUACGCGAUGUCCUGGCCAUGGUCACGCUGCUGGUGGUGAUGCUCAUUCUCCUGCUGCAUCUGUACCGCAUCCUGCAGGAGGAGGGCUGCUUCAGGCGAUACCAGAGAUGGCGCAGACCCGAACGCUCCGCCAGCGGCGUGCGGCGCCUCAACGAGCAGGACUCUGAACAAAGCUCGAGUGAAUAGCUGACGAGGAUCUCUGCCGCUGUCUUGCCGCUCUGUCCUGUUCUGUUCCUCUAGCCAAAUAAACGUCAAUUUGAUGUCAAUUUA